GAUCUCUUCUCUCUCGUCUCUCCUUUAAAGUCGAUUCUCUUAGAAUGGAGAACCACUUUGAUACAUCGAAACUGAUUCGUGUCUCUCUACACGAAGUUGAGAACCAGCUCGAACUAUCACUUCGUCAAGCCUUUGAGUCUCUCCAGCCGAAACUACGACCACCGUUUUCCUUAGAAAUCCCAGAGCCACAAGAGUAUCUUGAGCUCAAUAAAGCCAUCGUCUAUGGAGUUUUAUGCGAACCCAGUUCCUCUAAAACCCACAUCAAGCACUUACAUGCUCUCGUCACUGAUGGGUAUGCGUUUUUCACUAGUUUACUUAUUGGUAUCGUUGUUGAAUUGUAUGUUAAGCUUGUUGAUUCCGCUAAGAUUCAGCUGAUUUGUGUAACUAAGGAGAUGAUUGAUGUUUCAAGUGUGGGGAUUGAGGAUUUGCUUGUGUCGUUGUUGCGACGAAUUGGUAGUGGAGAUUAUGGUGAUCAGAAUGUUUGGCUUUGUUCUGAAUUGGUGAGUUUGUUUCUUGAGAAAUGGGAUUGUUUGCUGGAAGAUAUGCCCUUGGUGUUGACUAGUGCUUUGUAUAGUUUUCUUCGGUUAUUAGCGGAUCAUUAUAGGGUUUUAGGCGUUGCGAAACUGGAGAAUGUGAAGAGAUUGGAGAUCAAACUCUGUGUUAAAAUGUUUAGAGAGCAGUUUCAUUUAGGUUUGAAGAUUGGACGAGACCUUAUCCUGUUGUUGCAGGAUCUGUCUCAUGUCUCUGAGUUCAGAGAGAUAUGGAACGAUUUGGUGUCAAGCCAUUGCUCUGACAUUUACCAGUUGAAGACUUCAAGUAGAUACUUCCUUCUUCGAAUAACUCCUGAGAUGGAAACACAAUUAAGGUUUUUGCUUGGAAAUGUGAAAUUGGGAAGUCAUAAGCGGCAUCAGAUGUGGUUCUUGAAGAAGUUUCUCUUGGGUCCUGAGAAAGAAACACUUUUGAUCGACAUAGUGAGAUUCGUUUGCUGCGUUAUUCAUCCAACUAAUGAAAUCAUCAGAUCAGAGAUCAUGCCAAGAUGGGCUAUUAUAGGUUGGCUUUUGGAACUGUGUAGGCAAAAUCAUCACAUCGAACGAAGUGUUAAGUUAGCUCUGUUUUACGAUUGGCUCUUCUUUAACGAAAGAAUGGAUAAUAUUAUGAAUGUUGAACCUGCUGCUCUCUUGAUGGUAUGGUCGAUACCGCAGUAUCCGCACAUCACUCACUCCUUACUUGAAUUCGUACUUCAUCUUGUGGAAACUUAUGAGAUAACCAGUCGAGAUAUUAUUGUGAGGGGUUUGACGUCAGCAUUCAGAGAAAUUGAGCGAAAAGGAGUUAUUCGGUCGCUGGAUAUAUUCCUAACAAAUCCUGCACUUGCACCAGAUUUGAAGAAGAAGCUAGCAAAUCUGUUGUCAUGUCAUCACGAGAAGGUUCCUGUGAAUCUCCAUCAACUUAGUGUUCCUUCUAAGCAAACAUUUCUUUCUUCAGAAGCUAAUUUAAAAGAAUGCAGCACCAAAAUUUUUGAUACUCCUGAUCAAAAGUUGGACAAUUCCGUUGAAAAUCCAGCAAAACACGAGAUUCCAGGUUGAGCAGUUUCGAAGAGUUUAUAAGACCCUCACGGUGAACAAAAAACCUUUUGUCUAUCUUGCAAAUCUUGCAUCAAUCUUCAGCCGCAAUGGAAGCUCAACUCUCUCUCUGCUUACGAUCAAGACACUCGCACUUGAGGAGACAUACCAAUAUAACACUUGGAACAAA